CAAUACCGUGUAUUAUUUUUUUAAUAGGUACGAGCGACCUAUUUACUGAGAGAAGAAAAUACAAGCGGAAUUUACUGACAAUAAGUCUCUUAUAAACACAAAUAAAAGAACAAUGCCAAGCAAUUCAGAAAAUAAGGAUUCCGAAGACAUUGGAGAAGAAGGAGAAACAGAGAAAGAUAAGAAUUCUGCAAAUGAAGAAAGAAGAGAUAGUGAGCAAGAAGAGUUUAACAACGCAGUGGAAGAUGCAGAGGCAUUACUCAGUGAAUUUCCAACAUCAAUAUCAGAAACAUUUAUAUUAAACCCUGCUGCUGACAUGCGCAAAAUGAGAAGGAUCAUCGCCGAAGAUCCACAUUGGUCAUUGGCUACAGUGCCGUUACUAGAAGAACUCUGUAUCAGCCAUAUUGUCGACAACUUUGAAAAUAAUUCAAUAUAUUUUAAAAGCCUGCGACCUGCGCACAAAGCAAAAGUUCUAGAGACGUUAUCAGUCAACUUGCCUCUAAAAAUAACAGCCGAACUUAUUGAAGAAGAAUGCUAUUGGGAAAGGUGUUGCAGGAACCGUUGGGCACUCUGCAAUGUCGCUGAUUACGGCAACAAUUGGAAGCGGAUGUAUUUUGAACGAAACCUAGAGCAUAUCAUUGAGUUCUUUGUACCUGACAAAACUGAUAUAAGAGAGUUAAAUGAAACUUUGAAAGUCUCUUCAAAUUUUAUCAAACGCCUUGACAUUGGGCAAUUGCUGCCACCUCUUACCCCAGAUGAGAAAUCCAUGGAUUUUUUAGAAGAGGGCUCUGAUUCAACAAGCGAGAAAGAACGCGAGUGCGACCAUUUCAAUAUGUAUCCAGUUUUGAAGGCACUGACCUCUCUAGAAGAACUACAUCUGACUUACAGUGUCAGAGACUGUGGCAUGAAUUUUACUUGGUCUAUGUUUCAUUUCACUAAAAAAGAUUGCCAAACGUUAUCUGAAGCCAUUCAGCAUUGUAAAACACUGAGAGUUCUUCAUCUUCAUCGAAGCAAAAUUGAUGAUGAAAAGACACGUAUGCUGAUGUAUCAUUUACUAGAUCAUCCGUCUAUGGAAGAAAUUGAUUUGUCACACAACUAUAUUGGCGAUCGUGGUGCCAAAGCAAUCGGCAAAUUAAUAACCAGCUGCGAUAGGAUUUUGAAACUUACAUUAUGUAAUAAUAGAAUUGGGAUUAUUGGAGGACAAGCCCUAGCACACGCUUUAAUUAAGACGCAUAAACUAAUGUUAUUAAACUUAAGGUUAAACAGAAUUGGUGACGAAGGAGGACAUUGCAUUUUCAAAGCUCUGACAAAAAAUACAUCUCUUCAAGAGCUGAAUGUGGCGGCCAAUAAGAUGGGAGAGUCGACUGCAAUAGCAUUAUCUCAAGUCCUUAGAACCAACAUUAAUUUGGUAUCCAUUGAUAUUUCUUGCAACGAUCUCAAAGAGGAUGGUGGCAAACUGAUCAGAGAAAGUCUUGAGGUAAACACAACAGUCAGGCACUUGGAUCUUAGACUAACAAACUGUGGUCAAGAAGCGGAAUUUCGGAUCAAUCAAAUUUUGGAUCACAACCAGGAAGCGAAUCGAGAAAGAUUAUUAGAAGAAAUGCGCCAUUAAAUCCGACACUUCUAUUGGGUUUCUUUUAUAUUUAAUGAAAGCUCUCAGUUAUUUU